AUGGAGGAUCUCGACGGAGGAAUGGCAAGUGAUGUAGAGAGAGAAGAGGAAGAAGCUGUGACCGACUUACUCCGAGAUCGAUUCCGAUUAUGCACCAUCUCUAUUGCCGAAGAUGAGGCCAAACAAUGCGGUAUGGAGGUUUCUCAACCGAUCAUCACAUGUAUAUCUGAUUUAGCCUUCAAGUUUGCAGAACAGCUAUCAAAAGACCUAGAAUUAUUUGCACAGCAUGCUGGUCGGAAGUCCGUAAACAUGGAAGACGUUAUUCUUUCCGCACAUCGGAAUGAUCACCUGGCUGCCUCAUUGAGGUCCUUCUGUAAUGACCUCAAAACAAAAGAGCGCAAUUCGGAGAGGAAGAGGAAGAAGAAUCCCAAAAGGGAAGGUAGACUUGCUCCAGAUUUACUUCGUACUCCAGACAGCUAG